UUACCAUUGAAUCUGCUAGUCUUGAAAAAACGGCAGCUGUUCAACCGGAGCUGGAAGUCACAGAUGCGGUCGAAACAAAGGCAGAAGCUUUUCCAGUGGCGGAACGCGGAGCAGAGUUUGCUCCGCAGUUUGUUCAACCUCUGCCCGAACGUCUCGAAGUACAUGAGGGCGAGGCUGCACUUUUGGAAUGUCGCGUUGAAGCCAAACCGAAAGCUGAUGUGCACUGGCUGUAUGAUGACAGACCGUUGGAUGUGACGUCACAGGAGUCAGCCAUGGUCUACGAAUCCACCAUCACUGACGAAGGGCAGAUCUCUCUGCUUAUUCUGGAAUCACUUCACGAGGAUGAGGGAUUGUAUCGGUGUGAGGCAGUUAAUGAGCUAGGGACUGCCCAUACACAGACGCAGCUGGUUGUCAUUGACGUUCUGCAAAUAGUCGAAUUGGUUGCCUUGCCGGAACUCGAGUUUACCCCGUCGAUUUUGGUGUUCGAACUUAUUGGUGCUGAUAUUGAUCAAUUUUGCUCAAACGACCGUGAAAAUAUAACCCCUGCCCCUCCGGUUGCAAUCGUGAAAGAUUUGGCGGAUCAACGAUUCGCCUUUCUACCACGAACCAUUCGCUUUGAGUUGACUCUGUCUGUCGAGGUAGAAACAGUGAUUUGGCUAAAGGAUGGCACGGAGUUGACAAUGGCAGAUGGCCGAUGCAAGCUCACUCAUGUUGGUCCCACUUAUCAGCUCAGUAUUGAGAGUGUGACUGAAGCCGAUAUGGGACAGUAUGAGGUGGUUUAUGAUGUGAAACGUGACAGUCGUACUUCUGCCUGCCUAACGCUUGAACAGGCUCCGGACGCCCCCACUGAUGUGAGUGCGGAAUUCGUGAUUCCUGCUAGCCCGACCGAUCGACCACAAGAUGUGCACGUCUCGUGGACUGAACCUAAGUCACCGGAUGGAAAAUCAACAGUGGUAGACUCUUACCUGGUGGAAAUGAAACCACAGGAAGGAAGAUCCUGGUACCCCGCACCGUGCGAUCACACUAUCACUAAAACUGAGGUCACUUUAUCUACAACUGAGAUGAAAGAUGAUGUAGCCUACGAGUUUCGUGUAUACGCUGUGAAUCAGUUCGGGAAAAGUCCACCAUCUAAACCAUCUUCACCAGUUCUAGCAGGUGUACCGAUUGAAUUUAUUCGGCCACUGCAAGAUGUUACCGUAACAGGGACAGAUACUGAGCCUGCUGCAAUUCUCGAAUGUGAGUUGUCUCGGGCUCCUCGUACCCCAGUGGCUUGGACUAAGGAUCGAAAACCGUUGGUUCUUCGAGGACCUGAUGCAAGUCGGAUUCUUGUAGAGGAAGCCGAAUAUGGUCGAAUCCAACGCCUAAUCUUUAAAGAUGUCCUCGAGACGGAUCUUGCAAGUUACGCUAUACAAGCUGAGUCCAUAUCUUGCAGCAGCGUUUUGGACAUGAAAGUGCCCCCAACACUGCGGGUUGGCAAGGACUUUGUCACGCGACUGGUAAUGAAAGCGGGUACUUCAAAUAUUAUUGAGGUACCGUUUGCCGCCAGCCCUAAGCCCAAGGUUACAUGGACUUAUGGUGCGAUGGGAGACGCCGUACCUUCCGAAAGACCCCGAUUUAAAACUGAUACAGUAUCUGGAUUAACAUCUAUCGCAUUGGCCAAAGUCAAACCCGAGGAUGCCGGUCUUUACCAGGUCACGAUUACAAACGAACUCGGUGAAACCUCCAUCACUGUAGAGCUGAUCGUACUGGACAAACCAUCAGUGCCACGAAAUCCGAAAGUUACUGAUAACACGGGAGAAAGUGUUGUAUUCACAUGGACUGAACCCCAGUACCCAGGCGGUGGAGCAUCACCACUCGAAUAUGUGGUAGAGAUGCGCGAGCCACCACAACAAUCCACAAAACCAGUCACUGUGACAACUGCUUUAAGCACUCCGAUUGAGAAUCUCAAAACAGACAAAACAUAUGUCUUCUCAGUGGCAGCUCGGAACGGGAUUGGACAAUCGGACUUCGUCCAUACUCAGCCAAUAACGACCAAAUUACAAUAUGGACCACCCCAAAGCCCCGUCAACGUGAAAGCCGUGGUCAAUCCACAAAAGGCUCCAAUCGAACAACAGAGCAUUGAUCUGACUUGGGAACAACCGACUGACACUGUCUCUGGUGCCGGACCUGUGACCAAUUUCUACAUUGAAAUGAAACCAACAGAUUCCACACGCUGGCAAGAUGUGUCCGCGGGCAUGACGAUCACUGAACCACAUUGCACACUGCCAUCAAAUGGGAUGAAGGAAUUCACCAGCUAUGAAUUCCGUGUCAUCUCGGAGAACAAGGCGGGUAAAAGCAAACCGUCAGGACCGUCCAAUCCUGUCGAGCUCGGCAUGCCACUGGAAUUCGUGCGUCCGCUGGAGGACGUGGCUUUGACCGAAGCACCUACGCAACCGGUAGUGAUAGAGUGUGAAUUGUCUCGCAAGCCAAGAGAGAAAGUGCAAUGGCUGAAGGACGGAAAACCAUUGGGUCGUUUGCCCGACCGCGUGCGUGUCGAAGAGGAUGCGAACGGGACUGUGCACCGAGUGGUCUUCACCUCAUUACAAGAUGAAGACCUGGGUCAAUACACGAUCCGUGUGGAGAAACUGAGCGGAGACGCAAGAGUUGAUCUACGCGUGUCGCCCACGUUGCGACUGUCGGAGAAGUUCACGGAUAAGAUUGUGCUCAAAGCCGGAGCAUCCAGUGUGAUAGAAGUGCCGUUCAUGGCAAAUCCGAAGCCGACAGUGAAAUGGACAUGGAAACCGCGUGUUACACCAACCUCAGAGCCUGGGUCGGCACAACAGCCCAGAUUCAAGCCGGAUGUUGUAUCUGGUUUGACCUCGUUGCCUUUGGGUAAGGUGAAGCGAGAGGAUGCCGGAGAUUAUGAGGUGGUGAUCAGCAACGAGUUGGGCGAGGCGACUGUGACCGUUCAACUGAUUGUGCUAGACAAACCGUCUGUGCCAAGACAAUUGGAAGUGAGCGAGAACACCGGGGAACGUGUGCUAUUCAGCUGGCGUGAACCGGAAUUCACUGGACUACCUGCGGACGUGGAACCCGGGACCGGUCUGACUUAUGUGGUCGAGAUGCGUGAAGCGACACAACGCGUCGGUAAACCGGUCACGACCACACCCGAUUUGAAAACUCCCAUUGAGGGAUUGCAACUGAACAAAUCCUACAUAUUCAGUGUAGCCGCAAAGAAUGAUGUUGGUCAAUCGGACUUUGUGGACACGCAGCCCGUGUCUACCAAACUCGAAUAUGGUAAGUAUACAUACAUACAUUUCUACUCCCGAAAUCUGUCCAUUAUACUACCAACAUGA